AUGUCAUCGGACGCGCCGUGCCUCCCUGCAAGGCCCCAACGAGUACUCGCAUGCGUCCUCUGCCAACAAAGGAAAGUGAAAUGUGACCGAAAAUUUCCGUGCGCAAAUUGCGUCAAAUCGCAGGCGCAGUGUGUGCCAGCUACACUGGCCCCUCGUCGGCGAAGACGUAGAUUUCCCGACCGCGAACUUCUCGACCGGCUCCGUAGCUACGAGGAGUUGCUGCGGCAAAACAACAUUUCCUUCGACUCAGUCCACAGUGAAACAAUCACAGAGAAGGAUCAUGUUGGCGCGGAGGGCGAGCAUGAAUUGGAGACGCAGGAACGAGGAACUAGCAGAGCAGAUUCAGUUCCUUCAACGACAUUGGAAUCCGAGAGGAGCCAUGGAACAAAGAGUUUUUGGCACACUAUGAGUCAAGGAUUUCGAGAUCCCGGUAAUGAUAGCGAUUCUUCAAACGACUUUGUGCGAGAGACAGAAGUCAAAAGAGCUUGGGAUGAGACCAUUCAAAAAGAUGAUAAUCUCUUAUUUGGAUCGCGUGAUUCCACUGUCGACCUUUCCAUUAUUCAUCCCGAUACGAUUCAAAUAUUCAGGUUAUGGCAGAUCUACCUGGACAACGUAAAUCCGCUACUCAAGGUCACACACACUCCGACUCUGCAAGGACGCAUUAUUGAAGCUGCAAGUAAUUUGAAAAAUGUACAUCCCACUUUAGAGGCCCUUAUGUUUGGCAUCUAUUCUAUCGCAGUAACGAGUCUCACCGCAGAUGAAUGCCAAGCAAUUAUCAGUUCGUCGAAGGAAGAUCUUUUGACAAGAUUCCACUUUGGCUGCCAGCAAGCGCUAUUAGGCUGUGGAUUCUUACGGACCGGUGACCGUGACUGUUUGACGGCACUAUAUCUUUAUUUAAUCUCCCUGAGCUUUGGCGCAGUUCCACAAUCCAUUUCAUCUAUGCUUGGUAUUGCAAUCCGCAUUGCGCGGCGUAUGGGCAUUCAUACCGAAUCGACCCUAGCGAAAUGCUCUAUCCUUGAAGCUGAGAUGCGUCGAAGACUAUGGUGGUCACUCGUAGUUUUUGAUCAUCGCAUAAACGAAGUUUCUAGUUCUCUAUACUCGAUUCUCGAUCCAACUUGGGACUGCAAAGUCCCUCUGAAUGUGAAUGAUUCUGAUCUUCGGCCCGAGAUGAAAGAACCUCCAGUGGUUCAAGGGACGUCUACCGAGGCGCUUUUUGCCAUUGUGCGAAGUGAGUUAUGGGAUCGUAUGCGCCACACUGCGUUUCACCUCGACUUCACUAAUCCUUCCCUCAAACCGCUUGCAAAACACCCUUCAAACGAAAGCGCCUCGGAGCUUACUGAGAUGGCUCGACUAGAGCGAUUCAUCGAGAAUCGAUAUCUCAAAUUCUGUGACCAAGACAAUCCGAUUCAUUUCAUGACUUUGUGGAGCACACGAGCACAGAUCGCAAAAUUACGCUUGUUGGAACAUCUUUCUUCGCAUUUUGAUUCCACUCGGACAGAUGCACAGCAUGAGGCUGCUACUUCUCAUGCUCUGACUCUGAUUGAGUGUGAUACGAAGGUCAUGACCUCGUCUUUAACCAAUCCAUUUCAUUGGUUCAACCAAUUCUACUUUCCCUUCCCAGGAUAUAUCCAAAUUGCCCAGGACAUAAGAUCUCGGCCUUACGCAAAGCAAACUCAACGGGCAUGGAAAUCUUUGAGCGAUAACCAUGAGGCUUGGUUUAAGACUCAGCGGAAAGAACAUAAACCAAUCCAUCAUAUCUUUGCCAAAGUAGUACUCCAGGCAUGGGAGGCUUACGAAGCAGCUAUCCAACAGCCAGACAAGAUUCCGACGCCAAAAAUUGUCUUAUCAGUACGGGCUGCUUUAGCUGAGAAUUCGAGACAGGCAAGGAAGGGUGACGUUGAAUCUCUUGAUACUAACCUGUCUACGGGACUUGAAGGGUUCGCGAUACCGACGCCGAUGCCGGUAGGCUAUGACAACCGGUGCGUGUCCCUCAGCACGGGCUUGCAAGCCGAUUUAUCAACGAUGCGUUCAGAAAUGGUUUAUGACGUCGAAGGACAAGCGCCAAUUUUUGAUAUGAGCCAACUCGAUUGGACUGCGUUCGGUGGGGGUCCUAAUUGGCCAGGCUUUUGAGAUGCCACCUAUGAAGAGCGAAGAAUAAGUCAGCAUUGCUCAAUUGUUCUCUUUUCACAUCAUUUCUAAGAAUUUUGAAUGAGGCAAGAUGACUCCCUCAGUGACUACCCUGACAGUUCUGUAACUGGGAAAUUGGCCCGGAGUCGAGCCUAUCGACAAUGCUUUGGG